AUGCCUGGUACCACCACCAUCAUGGGUGGCGGCUGGUCCGGCGCGAGGCCACCGACUCCCCCAGAAGGCGUCAUCCAAGUCGAUACCAGCUUUACCGUCGAAGAGGUCUUCAUCGAGCCUGAGCCCACUAACGCGUCCACCAAUGCCAUCUUCGGCGACUCCAGUGGUUACUACCAAGCCACAGUCUGGUCGGCGGCGUCGCAAUUCGCUCGAAACCUGUUUGAGCCUGAAGUGAACGUUGGACGAGGGGGAGACAUCAACAUCGACAACACCACCACUGGCAAAUGGGUCGCAACAGCCUUGCUUUUGGCCCUUGUCAAUCUCAUUACCAUGGUCACCGAGAGCAUGAUGCCCGUCAUGAUCCCGGCCAUGAUCUACGACCUCAACGUCCAAGGCUUUCAGUGGCUCAUCGCGGGUCCAGCCAUCGGAGCGGCUGCCACAGCUCUCAUUGCAGGUCAUCUCUACGUCGUCGUCCCUUUCAAGAUGAUUUACAUGGUCUUUGCUCUCGUUGUCUUGACCGCCAUCAUCUCUCCAGGCUUUGCCCCUAACAUGGCGUUUCUCUUCUUCACUCGAAUCCUUCUCGGUGUGGGUCUGGCAGGUCAGCACUUCGGUACCCUGGUCUUCUUGGAACACAAGAGCAGUUUCGCAGACAAAGUUCGACGUGACUUCUUCCUCUCCGUCGGUUCGACUUUGGGUCUGAUCAUUGGUCCCAUCUUCGGCUCUAUCUUUGCUCAUCGAGACAAGAACUGGUCCUGGGGAUUCUACACUGCCUUCGUCCUUCUCACCCUGGUCCUGGCUUUCCUGUUCUACCUGCUUCCGACAGAGGUUGAGCUUGCUGCGAAUGCGCCCUGGGCUUGCGGACCAGUAUUCAACUGGAAUCAUCGCCUCAACUGUAUCGACACUCUAGGUGGGCUGCUGAGUUUCUUCGGCAUCAUCACUCUAUUGAUCACAUUCAACUUCGCCGGCACCUUGACUCCUUGGACAAAUGGACACCUGUACAUUCCCUUGACCGUCGGCAUCAUCUUGGUUGUGUUGCUUAUCCUUCAGCAAGCCUACAAGAUCCUCAACUCACCGUCGACUCGGCUAUUCCCUGUGGAGUAUCUGCGACACUUCAAGACCAUGGCGCUCUUCGUGCUCAUUUUCUUGACUGCUGCCAUCUUCCAGACCGCGAUCCCCUACACUGCGCUCUAUCAGAUGUUCACGCGUCCUCAACCAUCAGCAGUCACAACGGCGUUCUACCUCUUGUUCACCACCACCGGUCCAUACUUGAUUCCAGUCUUGCUCAUCCCAGUGUACAUCGGCGGUGGCUUGAUUACCCGUUACCCUGUGGUCCCAAGCUACAGCUUCUGGAGCGUCAUCUCAUCGGUCUUCCUUCUCGCCGGCACCGUAUUGCUCUACAUCAAUAUGCCCUCCACGUUCCCGGCUUCAGACGGCCUACCGACCAUCACGAAAGAAUUCUCCCUCGCUUGCAUCGGGUUCUGGUCCACGAUUACCUUGUCAAUGGCCCACCAGCUCAUGGACUUGCUUCAAUCGCCUUUCGCGAGAGGCGCCCAGGACGCACGCCAGAAGCACCCGCUCCACAACCGUGCAUUCGUCUUGUUCGCGAUGUACCUCGGCGCCGCUGUCUCCCUGACAAUCACGGGCAACAUUUUCAUGCACGUCGGUCCCCGUGGUCAGUUCGCCUUACUAGAACAAGCCGACGACGGCGCCUACCCGGCCACUGCCGACAACGCCCUGGUCCUCCUCCUCGGCUAUACCUUUGUCGACAGCAAGGUGACGCCGUCGCUCUUUGCGGCGUCGAUCGCCGCCUCGGAGAACGCGUUUGCUUGGUCCUUCGUCGCCCUCGUGGGCUUCGCCGUUGCCGCCUGCAUUGUCAGCAGCUGUCUCUUGGUCACAAAGGUGGCCAAGGGUGAGCUGGGGAUGAGGGCACGCCGCGGCCAGAUCCCCGAGGACUGGCGCGCCGGCAUGGGCGGGCGUCCCGGCCAGCGAGACAUUGAGCUGGAGGACCGCGUCAGCGGCACCACGCUCUGA